GGUCAUGCAGUGUUCCAAUUGCCCUAUCAUUCUCAUCGGCACGAUGGCAAACCGCCUCGAGAUCUCCGCUGCGAUCUUCACGGACGGCAUCUAUGCUGACAAGUUGGUCUCGCUAGGCCUUCUUCUCGGAUUCGACGGCGAGGAGAACGUCCUGCAGCUCGCGCGUAUACUCCAUGUUCUCGCUGUCUCCGCGAAGGAGAUUCGCGAACAUUAUGAGGAGGCGCGGAAUAACACACCAUCAGAUCUGACCGCAGUCGUCCUCCCAGACCCGACGCCUGUUUCGGGGAGGACCCUGCCCAGGUUAACAUUCAAGAGCAAGCUCUCCCGCACUAACAAGGCUCUUGAAAUUGUAAAGACUGACGCAGAGCGUUGUCACGGUCUCUACCUCGCGAUGAUGCCGCAACCACCUCCCGUUGGUGCGAACCCGUCGUCAGAGCUGAAAGGGAGGUUUUGGUCAAGUCCACCAAGCGCUACAACCCUGAAGCCCAUCGCUUGCUUGCUGUGAAGGGUCUGGCUCCAGCCCUCCAUGCAUGCUCUCAGGUCCUCGGAGGCCUAUGCAUGGUCGUGAUGGACCGCAUCCACGAUGGAUAGCCUCUCGAGCUCUGUUGGAAUCAUAUUUCGCAGACCGUAUACGCUGACGUGAAGAAAGAUGUGGCGCUACUUCACGCCGAGAAUAUCGUCUUUGGUGACUUGCGCCCACCAAACAUACUGUUGUUGCCUUCUGGGCGCGCAAUGCUGGUCGACUUCGAUUGGGCAGAUGCAGAUGGCAAGGGGAGGUAUUCAAGCAUGCUCAACGAUAGCUUAGUUGAUCAGUGGGCGCCUGGUGUCCACCGAAGGUCGAUUAUGGCCAAAGAACACGAUAUCUUCAUGCUGGAAAGGCUGGAAAAUGCUGCCAGUAUAUCAAUGCCGCGCUCCGGUGCCACUGGUAUAAACCGUAGAUAAGAUAAUGUCCGCCGAUUUUUCGUAAAUUGUAUGAAUGUAGUGACGGAG